CUUGCUUUUACAUAACAGGUAGUCAACAUAGUCACCAGUAAUCAGGAAUGUGUUAAUAACAUUGCCGAGUCCAUGGUUCUUUCCAGCUUAUUAUCUUUGUUGCAUUCAUUACCAACAAGUCGACAGCUUGUUCUUGCAACUUUAUAUGCCUUAACAUCCAGUACAAAAAUCAUAAAGGAGGCCAUGGCCAAAGGCGCAUUAAUCUACUUACUGGAUAUGUUUUGUAACUCAACACACCCCCAAGUCCGAUCCCAAACAGCAGAGCUGUUUGCCAAGAUGACAACUGACAAACUUGUUGGCCCUAAAGUCAGAAUAGCACUGAUGAAGUUCCUUCCAGGGGUAUUCAUGGACGCAAUGAGAGACAACGCUGAAGCUGCUGUUCAUAUAUUUGAAGGAACUCAUGAAAAUCCAGAAUUAAUUUGGAAUGAUAACUCCAGAGAAAAAGUGUCAACCACAGUUCGUGAAAUGAUGUUAGAGCACUUUAGGCAGCAGGUAGAAAAUCCUGAUGCAAAUUGGAGGUUGCCAGAUGAUUUCAGCAUCGCAUUUGGAGAGGCACAUGGAGAAUUAUCAGUUGGUGCCGUUUUCCUAAGAAUAUUUAUCGCUCAGCCCGCAUGGGUGCUGCGGAAGCCAAGAGAGUUCCUUGUUGCUUUACUGGAAAAGUUUACUGAACUCCUGGAAAAAAACUAUGUUCAUGGUGAAACCUUAGAAACUGUAACUACAGCAACAGUCUGUCUGUUCAAUGCUCAGCCUCAGUUACUGGAUCAAGUUCCACCUUUGGGUCACCAGCCUAAGAUCCUCCAGGCUUUGAACCACAAAAACAAUGCCAUUCCAAAGUGUGCAAUACGGGUUAUCCACACUAUGACUGAUAAUGAGUUAUGUGUUCGAGCAAUGGCUUCACUAGAAACAAUUGGACCCUUCAUGUGCGGGAUGAAAAAACGCUCAGACAUGAUUGGAAUAGCCUGUGAGGCACUUAAUAGGAUGUUCCAGAAGGAGCAAACUGAGUUGGUGGCACAAGCAUUGAAAGCAGAUUUAGUUCCAUAUUUACUAAGAUUGCUUGAGGGUCAAGGUCUUGAGAACCUAGAAAGUCCUGCAGCCACAAAGGCUCAGAUAGUUAAAGCUUUGAAAUCCAUGACUCGUAGCCUACAGUAUGGAGAACAGGUAAAUGAAAUCCUGUCUCGAUCCUCUGUAUGGAGUGCCUUUAAAGAUCAGAAACAUGACUUGUUCAUUUCUGAAUCACAAACAGCAGGAUACCUCACUGGACCUGGCGUUGCUGGCUACCUUACUGCAGGGACUUCAUCUACAGUUAUGCCCAAUGUGCCACCACCAGUGGACCAUGAAGUAGGAGAUCUUGGCUAAUCAACACAGAUGUUACACCAAUGAAGUCUCAAAAGGAGGACCUGCUUGUUGCACGAGGAAAAGCACUGUAAACGUUUUCCUCCACCCCAGGGUUGAUUCAAAGGACUUUAUUUUCUGCCUUCCUUGUUUUAAAGCAAAGUGUUAUUCCUUUUUGUAAUAAAUAUAUUUUUAUUUAGGGAUAAAAAAAAAAAAUUCAUUGGAGAUGUGAUCCUGAUGAAGCAUAUGUAACAUACCAUGAAAACACUCAGCCGAAUCAGCCGUCUGGUCACAAUACUUGUUCUGUUGUCUUUCCUUUUGUAUCUAAGCACAUUCUGUUUCUUUUGUAUUAGUUUACAAGACUGUGAAUUGAAGUAAUAAUAAUCUGUUCCUUCUAAGUUUUAUAUUCCAAGAAUUGGUAAAGUUGUGGUCUAGAAUGAAAGAGCAUUUAUGUUGCCGUUCUCUGCCAUGUUGGAAGUGGUUGGGCUCACUGCAAAGUAUGGAAUCCCUACAGUGUUCAGUCCAUGAACUGUGUCCUUUAUAAAUCCUUAACACUAUCCUCUCGAGAAUGAAGAGACGAUGAUAUUCCCAUGUACAGCAUAGCUUUACCAAAUAAUAAAUAAAAGUGAAUAUCAAAAUGUCAGCUUGUUAUGUAAGAGCCUAGUGUAAUAGUGAGAUGAUUCCUCCAUUAUUCCUCAGUAUAUACAGCUUUCUAUGAAUGUACAUUAUACAGAUCAUUCAUCCCUGUACAGAAAAUUUUAAGAAAAUAAAGGGAAAUAAUGACCUUAAUGGAACUUCUGUCAGAUGCUGCCAUGUUGCCUACAAAUUUUUAUAUUAAAACUAUGAUUCUGUU